AUUUCAAUCGUUUACAAGUUCUUUAUGGUCAUCGUGGUUGUGUGUCAUGUUUACAGUUUGAUGAUCGAUUGCUGGUCAGUGGCUCACACGACAAAACAAUCCGUGUAUGGGAUACCUCUAGCUGGGAAUGUAUCCGAGUAAUCCAAGCUCAUCAAGGUACCGUCACAUGUCUGGAGUUUGAUGGCAAGCACAUAUUGAGUGGCUCUGUUGAUAGACUGCUAAAACUCUGGGAUGCAUGUACAGGACAAAUGAUUCGAGUUUUUAGUGGUCAUGAAGAACCUGUGGCUUCUUUAAAG